AUGGGAAAGAAACCUCUCUUCUAUCAUGAAACGAAACCUUCUGAGGAAGCAGCCAGUGUUUUGAGGUCUUUUCCAACAACAUACGAUAAGAAACCUUUACCAACAAUCUCAGCAAAAGCCGCCAGAAAACUUUUUUGUGAACACUCAAAUCUAACGAUGAUAUCAGCUUCACCGUACAAGUCAAUUGGAUAUUCAAAAGGAAAGCAUAAAAUUUCGAAAGGACCUUGUGUUCUAUUACUAUGCCUACAUAAAGGAUAUAUUCCCUAUGGUGAGGAAGAGUUUCCUAGAAAAAUAGGAGGUUUUGAAGUAGAUAUUCAGGAGGGUAGCUGCAUGCUUGGGAUUGGAGGAUCCCUUGAAAUUGGAGGACAUAUUCGCCGUAAAGGAAGUAAAAGUGCAGGGUUCGUCAAUAACAAUGGCAAAAUUGGUUUAAUCACUUGUGCUCAUGGAGUUUUAGCACUCCACGAACUGAAAAACAGAACCAUCGACCGGCACAAUAACGCAGACGAGGUGGAAGCGUUUGUACGAAAAUCUCGUUCAUUUAAGGUAUGCGGAAAAAUUGUCACCGCCGAAUUCCCGAAAAACAACGAAGCAAUUGAAUGUAGUGUUGACGCAGCCUUUAUAGAACUUGAUUCAUCAUUCAGUGUUGCAGGCUUCCGUAAUGUACCAGCAGAACAAUUAAUAUCUGCAGGAUUUGAUGCACACAACCCAGUGGCAUUUAGAGGCACCGUGAUUCUAAAUGAAAGGAUAGGAGAUACCUCUGGUAGUGUCCUUAAAUUUGGAGCUAGAACUGGCUUAACUUUAGGAUCUUUGUUCAAUGAAAAUAUGCAUGUCCGAAUAAAAUACAAAGAGACUCUAAAGUUAUAUGAUAGCAUAGGAUAUACCGAUAUCCCAUGUGACGUUAAUGUAUACAACCAAAUGGAAAUUGAAAGCUUAACACAUGACAAUUUUUUUGAAGUAGGUGACUCGGGUUCUCUUGUGUUUUAUAUACAAGACGACACUUUAUGUUGUAUUGGAAUGGCAAUUGGACUUACAACGCGAGGAACAUGUCUGGUUACACCGAUAGAAAAUAUUUUGAAAUCUCUUGGUCUACCUGUAAACAAUUCCAUUUUUAUUCCAGCUGAAACAAAAUUACAAUCAAACAUAGAGACAGACAGAAUAUUGGAGGCUAUUGAUAGACAGCAGAAGUAUAUUGACAGACGUUUCCAGGAGCAAAAAGAAGAAAUCGAGAAAUAUUUUGAAAAGAUAAAGAAAAAUGAAUGAUAAAUACUCUACAAAUGUAGGAAAAAGGUUACAUUCUAGAAUUGUUUGCUGAAAUAUUCUUGAUUGUAGCAACUAGUGUAACGCAUAUUUUGAAUGUAGUAAAUUUUACCUCAACUGAGUUUUAGGCUCAGUUUGGCUCAUUCAUGUCGUUUUUCAAUGUGUCAAUAUUUUGAAUAUGGAUAAUGAGUAAGAAACACUUUGACAAAUGUGCUUUAUUUUAUAUUACAGGAAUUUGCAAGGAAGUGUUAAAUUUUUCACACUCCAUUUACUCAUAUUUUACAAUCCAACACUUGCCUAUCAUUUUUGUGACACUGUGUGAUUCUAAACAUAAAGGGAAAGAAAUUGAUUUUCAUUAAAAUCGUAGAUAUUUUGUUUUCUCCAAUGUAUUUCGAUAUUUCUGUCAAACAC